GUGUCCAGGCCUGGGAGCCUGCUCGCCAUGGACACUGCCGGGCGCAGCGGGUGGGACGGCGGGCUCCUCGAGGUCCCCGGAGGGCACUGCGGACGCUGGGGGCGGCGACUCCCCUUCCUGGCCCUGGCUCUCCUGGUCACCACAGUCCUGUGGGUCCUCAUCCUGAGUGUCCUACUUUCCAAGGCCUCCUCGCAGCACGGGGAGUUGCUCGGGCAACAGGACCUGCUGACAGCAAACGCCUCGAAGCAGGCGGUGGUGCUGGGCGCCUUGAAGGAAGAGCUCGGAGACUGCAAGAGCUGCUGCGGGAGCUCGCAGACGCAGCUGAAGACCGCGCGCACGGAGCUCGCCCAGGCGCAGGUGAAGCUGAUCCAGCAGGAGAGCGCCUUGCAAGAACUGAGCGAGCGCGUGACCCAGAGCUUGGCUCAAGCGGGAAGGGACCGCGAGGACAUCCGCAGUGAGCUGUUCCGGGCGUUGGAGGCCGUCCGCCUCGGAAACGAGUCCUGCGAGCAGUGCCCCGCGUCGUGGCUGCCCUUCCAGGGUUCCUGCUACCUUUUCUCGGUGCAGCGGGCCCGAUGGGAAGAGGCGCAGCAAAACUGCGCGGGCGCGGGUGCGCACCUGGUGAUUGUCGGGAACCUGGAGGAGCAGGGCUUCCUCGCUCGUAACACGCGAGGCCGCGGUUACUGGCUGGGCCUGAGGGCCGUGCGCCGCGCGAGCAAGAUCCAGGGCUAUCAGUGGGUGGACGGAGUCCCGCUCAGCUUCAGCCACUGGAACCUGGGCGAGCCCAAUGAUUCGAUGGGGCGCGAGGACUGCAUCAUGAUGCUCCGCACCGGGUUAUGGAACGACGCCCCGUGUGACAGUGAGAGGGACAGCUGGAUCUGCGAGAAGAGGCUCAGCUGCUGAGCCCCCCGAGGGCCAUGGGCAGGCGCACUGCCGCCUGCGCCCCGGCCCCAGCACCUGCCCCCAGCACUUGCCCCCCUGGCCAUUCCGCCCGCGGACUCCUGUGUGUCUUUUCUUCUCCCUCCCACCACCACUGAGGAGAAAUGGCCCCGCUCAGCCGGGCCCAGUGCCUGCGCUAUGGAACCUCCACUCCAACUACUCCCCUCCCUCGCGGAGCGGGGUUCACCUCCUCCUGUUCCAAAAUGCUGGCUCCUGGGCCCUGUGAUCUGACGCCACGUCCCUCUCUAGCCAAGGUCAAAUGGCUCAGAGUACAAGCUGUUUGGUUUUCCCGCCUUUCCCCCCAGACUGGGAGGCCUCAAAGAUAGGGGUUCUG